AACACUCAAUAUAUAAAGGAUAAGUGUCAUUACUUUACUUCAGUUGCCGUUCUCAUCUAGACCAGUCAAAAGCUUCUGGCUAAUCAUGGCAAAUUCCUCUGACAAUGGAAGUGAAUAUGGUGCCUCCUUGGAUAACUACUGGACGGACGAAGGAAAUUUCCCCUCCUCUUUUGUGUUUCCAUGUUCCCCAGACUUUCCAUACCUUUGUCCAGUGGCCAUCAUCGCCAUAGUCAUAUCAACUCUUGGAAUCAUCGGAAACAUAGCAGUCAUAGCGUCAAUGGUCAAAGAGAAGCUUUACAGGAAGACGUCACACAUGUCCAUCCUGGUUUUAGCCGUCAUCGACGUCCUGUGUCUGUUUGUGAUUAUUACUAGAGAGUGUAUAUACUUUCCAAACGAAUUUUACUUCGUGGAAAAAUUUGGCUUUUCUAACACCUUUUGUAUCACAUUCUUCGUUUUCAACAACACGCCAUAUUUGAGUUCGUGCUGGAAUGUCGUUUUUCUGGCAUAUGAGAGGUAUGUUUUAGUCACCAACCCGUUGGUUUAUAUCAACAACCAUACUCCGAAAGUCGUGGUCAUAAGAGCGCUUGUGGCCUUUAUUCUCGUCAUUGUUGUUAACGUUGCCUAUGCGCUCAUAACAGUCGUUAUGACCGGUAUAUCAAAAUGUCCAGAUUUCGUUCUGAUGCCUUUGCAUUAUGGGUUUGUAACUCUCCCUAUGAUCUCUGCCUCUUUGUUUUCGCUGAUUUUCUUUCACUGUUCCAAGGUGUCGAAGCUCAGAAAUUCUACACGCUUUAAAGGACGACAUACCCGAAACGAACAGCAGUUUCCACACAUGACGACGAUCGUCUACGUCAUAGUCAUCAUCUUCAUCGUGUCUCAGAUCCCCUACCUCAUGUUUGACGUAAUUUCUAUUUUUGAGCACUUCGAAUUAAUCACUUGGCCCUAUGAAUACCUCGACAUCCUUCUCCAUGUCAGCAUCAUUGUGUUUCUGAUUAACUAUGCCAGCAACCCUUUUAUAUAUUGGAUUACCCCCCUUAGAAUCAGAUGCCGACGUAAAACUCCCAAGUCCUCGACAGAAAUCACUAAUGCGUCGAUCACAGUCAGAUUAUGA